AUGGGGAUGAUCACCAUGCACGUUGGCUACCACGUCGAGAUCGUGCCCUACACCAACCGCGCCCACCUCGUCCCCCGCUCCGGCCGGGCCGCACGCGAGCGCCAUGCCGCCGACUCCUACUUCGCCGCUUUCAAGAAGCAGUACGCAUCCUGGAUACUCGAGGAGAACGACGACCACAGCGUCCGCGUCAACCGCAUCGUCAUGGAGCUUGUCGGCGGCGUCCACCGUAGCCUGCCCAACAAGGCUCUCCACUGGGUGGACGAUCUCAAUUGCGAGGCGGUUGUUCUCAGACACGACAGCGUCAACGCUUAUGUGCUGUGCACCGGCAAAAUCGUAGUUUCCACCGGGCUGCUCCGCCGUCUCCACACCGACGCCGAGAUCGCCGCUGUUCUUGGGCACGAGUUCGGACACGUUCUUGCAAAGCACAUGUCAGAGAUGAUCGCAAACUUGAUCGACAACAAGUGGUUUCCGGCCCUCCUCACCGCCCCAUUCCUACGAAGGCAGGAGAUAGAAGCAGAUUAUAUCGGAAUGAUGCUACUCGCAGCUGCUGGUUACGAUCCACAUGAAGCCCCUCGAGCCCUUGAGAAGGUCGGGAAGAUGGAAAGAAAAUCUGGCAUCUCCAAGGCGGACCCACAACCUCCCGCAACCGUCCGGCCCGCGCUGUCCGGACCGCGAAAGCCAUCCAACGCCGACCUGUAUCGAUUACGAAGGAUGGUGAGCUACUCGGCCAUGAAGGAUGACAGGUGA